AUGCAGGGGCGAGUAGGGGAUGGACUGGGAGGAGCCGGCGCGAUCUUCGUUGGGGGGUUGCUUACCGUACCGGCGCCGACCUCUCGUCGCUCUUUCCGUUACGACGGCCCUCGACCCCCUCCUUCGGGGCAGACGCCGACGCAGUCGGAGAGCGGCAGUGAGGAGGAGGAUGAGGAGGAGGAUGGUGAGGGCGAGAAGGAGGAGGACACUGAGGGGAGCGGGGAUGACAGCGAGGCGGCGUGGGACCCAGAGACGCAUGGCGGUGGGGAGGGGGGAGAUGAUGAUGAUGAUGAAGACCACGAGAUGGAUGGGUUGGAGCCAGAGGGGCUGGAGGAGGAGGUGGGAGAGGGUGGUGGAAGGGCGGCGACAGAGGCAGGAUCACAGCAUGUGCGUGAAGGGGGAGGAAGCGUGGGGGUUAAGGUGGGGGGGAGAAAGGCCGAGACCAUUAGGGAGCCGAGGCAGAGGAAGAAGGCGAACGAGUUGAGGGAGCGGGCGUAUCCCUGCACGUUCACUGGGGAGCCCUUGGGCGAGGGUGUGAUCGCUCCCGAGUUCCUAGACGAGGACGGAGGGUCUGAGAGUAGUAAGGGGACUGGCAAGGGUAAUAGGAAGCCGGGGUGGCAACUCGCCAAGGGGAAAGGGAUGGCGACUGGUGGAGGUCAUGGGUCAGGCGGGAUGGAGCGGUGGAUGACAACCAAACUGACCUCGGUGCAGCUACGGCAGGCGAUCACGAAGCUGGUAGUCACCUGCGACCUCCCCUUCCGCAUCGUCGAGGCCGAGGCUUUUCGUGAGCUACUCAUCCUGCUAAACCGCAACUGCGCGCAGAAGAACUUCAUCCCCUCGCGCUGGACGGUUUCCCGCGAUACAGUGGUCUAUGCGGCUGCCGCUCUUCAGUCAGCCAUUGCGGAGAUGCUGGCGAAGGAGGGGGAGCUGGGGUGCAGGGUGUCGUUCACCAUCGACAUGUGGAUGUCGCCCAACAACAGGGCAUGGCUAGUGGUAACGGGUCACUGGAUCGAAGAGAAUUACCAGCUGCGCACAAUGGUGUUUGAAUUUUGCGAGGUUCACGGGCGUCACACGGGCAAGCAGAUGGCGAGGGUGGUUGAGGAGACUGUGGUGCAGUGGGGGUUAGAGACGUGUUGUUUUGGGUUCACCUCAGACAACGCCUCCAGCAACACGGACGCUUUCAGGUGGAUGUCGGAGGAGGGUGGUGGCUCGUGCUUCUUCAACUCGCGCAUGCACUUCCAGUACGAAAGGGAGUGUGCCUGGGAUGUGUGA